GAGACACUCCCCCCAUUGGCUGUGUAGUGCGUCAUGCAGUCAGUGCAUGGUUCCGCUGUGUUCACUGGAUAGCAAAUGUUACCUCAGCAUCAUCCGCGCCAGACUCCUCAUUCCGAGCCCCCGCCAUGACCUUCAUCAGCACUGUUUAGCUUCAUGCUGAGGUUGUUUUAUUCUCUGGAGGUUUGCUGCUGAAAGCGGACACCUGAGCUGCAUAGCGGCGUCACUGCGGCUCUUAUUUUGUAUAUGCGACCAUGGCCAGCAUACUAGCACCGUCCGACACAGUGCCAGCGGGCCCUCCACAUCCUGAAAGAAGAGAAACAUCAUCAGUCGAAAAGAUGGCAUCUCCAACUGUCCCGCUACUUCCCGACAAGAGAAAUGGAACAAACAUUCACAGCUCCCCGGGCAGAACUAAAAAAACAACUGCAACUAACACAGACAAGAAGCCUCUUUUGAAUGGCCAUGCAUCACCUUCACAUUUGGUUGCAAUCAUCAGCACCAACCCUGCCAACAAACCAAUUGUGGAGGGUUUUUUGAAGACAGACGACAGGAUGCGUUUAGCCAAAGAGAGACGGGAGGAGAGGGACAGAAGCCUUGCGGCACGGGAGCAGCUGAUUAGGGAGAAGGAGCGUCGAGCUCAGCUGCAGUACGAGCGCACGGUUGAGGAGCGCUGGAAGCGGAUGGAGGAGCAGAGGAACAAGGAGGAGCUGCGCAGAGCUGCGGUGGAGGAGAAGCGAAGACUGCAACUAGAGGAGGAGAGGGAGCGGUUGGAGGCCGUAAUGAAACGCUCUCUGGAGCGCAGCCUGACCCUGGAGAACAGACACAAACGUUGGAGCAGAGCAGGUGACAGUGAGAAUGCACCGCUCUCUUUCUCUGCUGCCUCCGCCCUUUCCCAUGGCCUUGCCUCCCCUCUUCCUGCUGUCAGCGAAUCUGCGCCCUGCAGCCCUCGCAGAUCACCUUUGUACAGCUCACGGAGCCCUGCUGAUUCCCACAGAAGUGGACUACUGGAAGGUUCUCAGUCCACUCCCAACACCCCCAAGAAAGAGCGUCUGCGAAAGGAGAGGAGAACUGGAUCCCCAGGUGGUCCAUAUUCAAAGAGAAGAUCCGAGUCGCCUGUUAAUAUCGCCAGACAGAUGACAUCUCCGACUACUUCCAGGCUUGCUUCUAAGACACACAUGCAGUCUCCCAGCAAUGUUCCGGAGUACCACCACUCUCCCAACAAACCUCGACAUUUGAAUAAUAAUAAAGCACAAAAGGGUGGAAGGGGCGGGGAAAAGAGAGGGACCUUUUUUGAGAUGAAAUCUGAGCAUGUUGUUCAAAAUAGAGAAAAGAAAAGAGGGAAGCCAACAAACGGGAUAACCAAUGCGGAGGAGGCUAGCAAGCUGCUAGCGGAGCGUCGACGUCAGGCUCGGGCACAAAAAGAACUGGACGACAAAAAAGGAGAACAAGCGUGUGACGAAAGGCUCUAUGAAAAGCAGCAGAUCAAACAAGAUGCACAAGAACAAUGGCAGCACAUGGCCAAGGAGUCGGGGGAAAAUGUCACAGUUUCUUAUAAGGCAACACAACAAGAGAAACAGGAGAAAGAGCCAAUCAGCACAGAGAGAGAAAAGGCUAAAGUUCAAGCAGAAGAAGUGCAGCGUCAGCGUCAAGACCGAGAACAACAGUCGCAACAGGACGAGGAGGAGAGGCAGCUAAGAAAGAAGAGAAUCGAGCAGAUCAUGAGGAGAACGAGGAAAGGAGAAGCUGACGUGAAGGACGAACAGGUUGAGAGCAGAUCACCACCAGGGGAGGUAGAGCCAAUUCAAAGUAAAGCUCAGGAAGACUUUAUAGGGUCUAAAGAGCAGGUCGCAAGCAACAGGGAGGGGGAAAAAGCAGCAGCAGGAAAGAUGGACCAUCAGAAGCAUGUUGAAAACAACGCUCAAGUUCUGCCAGCUCACAGUGUUCCCGACAAGAGAAUGGACAGCAGAAAAAUGAUCGUUGCAGAUGAAUUAAACAAGGAAGGUGUGGACGUUCUCCAACAAGUGCAAGGGAAUGCAAACAAGCAGCCGGGAAUUAAUUUUAAAGACCCAUUUGCAAAAGAACCAACCAAUGAGGCAGUUAAACAAAAUGAGAUGAAUGGAGCAGUCAAGUGGAGAGAAAGUGUUCCCAUGAGAGGUCAAGUAAAAGCUGAGGUAAGCAAACAGAAAGCGGCAUCCUCGGCAUCGGGACAUGAAGGACGAGGACCUCAACCACCACCUGCCAUUCAUCUGAAGCCACUGGAGGUGAAACAGUCUCGUGACGAGGUGCAGUCAAUGGACGUCAGCCCAUCUUCAAAGGAGGAAUUGAUUUCCAUCCCAGAAUUCUCGCCAGUGAAUGAAACCCAGCAAUGUGGCUUAAGUAACACCCGGGCCCUUCAGGACCUGAUGGACCUGACCGGCAGCGUCACAUGCCCCAAAAAAACCUCUGAAGACAAUGUGGGCGGCGACUACAACAAAAAUCUCAUCCAGGGGGUCGUCACCCCCACGUCGGACUCUAAGAUCGUUGGGAUGUCGCUUCCCUCCUCAACUCAACUUAAUAUCAAUUAGCGCAAACAUCGUUUCCUCCCUUACGCACACUAGACCUGUCAUUUAGAAAAUAAACUUCUAUUUAUGGAAAAGAGCCAUAGAAACUGACAGUGACUAAAAUUACAUCUUGCAUUAUUGUAAUCUACUAAUCAAAACACACAGCAGAUAUAGAUGAUAGUGAGGGACUAAAAGUGGAAAUGUUAUUAAUUGGCAACCAGUCAAAUCCCUCAUUUACAAGCUAGCGUCAAUAUUGAACACAACGCUGUUUGUUUUUGUGAAUGUUUGUCAAAAUAAUGUCACUUCCAUUUGUCAUGUUGUACAAACUAAAUCAACUGCUUCCAGUAACAAAGUAGUAGUAGGGCAAGUCAUUUUGCUUCAGUUUUUUUUUCAAGUAAAAAUAAUUAACAAUUAAUUCCAAGUGCAAUUUCCACCCAUGUGUUAAUGUUAAAUUAGUCAAUUUUCAUCCCAAUGAGUCAAGUAUGUCAACGUUUAUGGACUUUUAUGAACUGUCUCGAAUGCCAUAGUAUCAAGACAAUAUCACAUGUUUGCUUGCACAACCACUUAGAGGUUUAUGUACAAAUAGAAAUAGAAGAGCUUUGAUACCGCAAUUCUGUGCUGCUACUGUUUGACUUGUAUUUCCAUCUAUGCUGUGAUCAUUAUGUGUGUGACCUAUAACAUCAUGUCCAAGUAACACAGCGUAACAGCAACUCUCUUGCAUAUGUAUGUUUCCAUCAACUUUCCACUAUCCCCAGCAAGGGCUUUUAAAAUGGUCAUAUACUGUAGCUCAUCAAGUAAUUUGAUUUGACAAACAGAGCAAUUGGAAUUAUUUGAAUUGAAAGAAAAAUAUUUGAAUUGCACACACAAUUUAGCUGAAAUAGAAUUAUAUCAUCUUAUAUUUCAAAAUAAGUGAAUUUAAAAUUGUCACUGUUGAGUUGUGCAUGUUAUCAUGGUAAAGAUGAUUAGAAACAAUAAAAUUCUAAGUGAU